AUGCACACAUUAUACAAAGGACUUCCUAAUCUAUAUUCUUUUUCAGAUACCAAUGAUUGUUUUCAGUGCCCAGAAGACAAGUAUCCAAAUAUUGAUAAGGACUUAUGCCUGCAAAAACGUAUAAGCUUCUUAUCUUAUGAAGAACCUUUGGGGGUGACUUUGGCCAGUUUUGCUCUUUCCUUCUCUUUCAUGGCAGCUUUUGUACUUGGCAUCUUCAUUAAGAACCAGGACACUCCAAUUGUCAAAGCCAACAACCGGAAUCUCUCCUACAUUCUCCUCAUCUCUCUCCUGCUCUCCUUCCUUUGCUCUUUGGUAUUAAUUGGCCGACCUGAGAAGUUGUCGUGUCUCCUUAGACAAACUACUUUUGGCAUCAUCUUCUCAGUGGCCAUUUCUUGCAUUUUGGCCAAGACCAUCAUUGUGGUUCUAGCCUUCAUAGCCACCAAACCAGGCUCCAGGAUGAGAAACUGGGUGGGAAAACAAUUAGCCAACUCCAUAGUUGUUUGUUGCUCUUUCAUUCAAGCCAUUAUUUGUACAGUUUGGUUAAUAACUUCUCCUCCAUUCCCAGAUUUUGACAUGCACUCAAUGACUGAAGAAAUGAUUCUGAAGUGCAACGAAGGGUCGGUCGCCAUGUUUUACUGUGUCCUGGGCUACCUGGGCUUCCUGGCCACUGUGAGCUUCGCCGUAGCUUUAUUAGGCAGGAAGUUACCUGAUGGUUUUAACGAAGCCACCUUCAGCAUGUUGGUCUUUUGCAGUGUUUGGCUGACCUUUAUUCCAACCUAUUUGAGCACAAAAGGAAAAUACACGGUGGCUGUGGAGGUCUUCUCUAUCUUAGCGUCCAGUGCUGGGUUGUUGGCUUGUAUUUUUUGCCCUAAAUGCUAUAUUAUUGUUUUGAGGCCAGAACUGAACAAAAAGGUUCAAAUUACAAGAAGAUGA